GUAUGGUCACGAGGAAGAAGUCGCACCGAUACGACGCUCCGUCGACGUGUCACUCGGCAGCGGGGAAGAGAAGUUCAAGGACGUGUGCCUCAUCGACACGUUGCGUGCCCACGGCUACAAGCUGGAGUAUGCGAGCGACGGCCCUUUCUGGGCGAUCCGAGACGGCAGCACCUUUCUGGAGCCGUUCGGGAAAGCAGUCGCUCGCACAACAUGGAGGCAGAUCUCGGCGGUCGCAGAUGGCCAGUUUGUGUUGACCAUCGGAGAGCACUUCGUCGCCCUGAGGAAGAAAGAAGGUGUGCUGGAAGUCAACCAAAGUAAUAAGCGACACGCAUGGAAGAAAGCGUGCACGCACCGCACACACUCCCCGCUUGUCUACUGCAACGAGAUGGCUGUCUGGGUCAUUGAUCCGACCGAGUGCACCGGAGUCUUCGUCAUUCAGGACAGCUUGGGCGGCGGAUCGGACUUAUCUGGUGGGAGCUUGCAAGGUCUUCCCGUGCAUCUCUCGAAAGAGCUCGUUUGCAGACUAGGAGAUCUUCGCACGGCCGUGCACUUCGAGCGUGCCUGCCGCGAGACACGCGACCUGGUUACGUCUUCGGACGUCUGGCUCGAUAGACACGCGGGCGUCCUGCCUGCGGCUGCCGUGGACAGGAACUGGCUGGGGGAUCGGAAGUCCUUGCUGGCCGCCGCAAUCGGCGGUUCUCGCAUCGUGGCUGUGGAAUGGCCAGUGCACGUCACGGCGAAGAAGGUCUGCGGCUCACUCAUCCGGAAGUGGAGCAUGCUGCAGCCCGUACUAUCGCUGGUCUACUUCCGCCUAAGCAGCACCGACCAGCCACGGCGUGUUGUGGUUUCAAUUGGAGGCUGCUCCCCCAUCGGGGAUCGCUGUUGGUGUGACAUGGGGGCGCCCUUUGCCGAAACUGUGAUGACUGAAUUGGGGCACAGUCGCCUUGGUCGCCCGAGCGAUAAAUUCCUCACUAGCAUCCCACAGUGCACGGCCGACCGCCUGUUGCAGGUACAGUGGUACAAUCACAGGCUGGAAGUUUUCCUCGACGGACACCGUCAUGGGAUGCUAUCCCUGCAGGACUGCGAUGUGGAGCAAUGGGCGCAUGUGACGGUGUCCAUGUUCGGCGAAGAGAAUUCGGCAGACGAUCAUCACAACCCGAGCAACAGCUGCUUUCUGCCGACGGAGCUCGGCACUAAAGCCUUUCUGUCAGCGCUGGACCUGCGUGGUGGAACGACAGACUGGUUGAGCGUGUCUCCUCCGCCGGUGUCAUUCCUCGGAAGCCUCCAGGACUUUCUGUGUCUGGCUAGCUGCAGCACGCAACUCAGGGAGUGCGUUCAGCAAGGCCGCUUUUGGCAUGACGUGGAUCUGGAAUUGAAAGUGCGGCUUCGUGCUAGUUUCUGCCAAUCUGCCUUCUUUGGUAACCUUUUGCAAGCGUGGGAAGAAGGCAUCAGGACAGUCUCCUGCUCUCCUUCCGUACUUCAUGCUCUGUCGUCUCUCGGGACGAAACUCUGGCUACACGGACAAGGAGAACACAUGCCGAGCCUGGUCGCUCCUAUGGGAAGCCCGCAGAGCUCCACACGCAUCGUGUACUGGAAGUCGGAGCACCAAACCUGUCAUCGAAGUUCCAUGCGUGUGCGGCUGCCAUGGGAUACGAACUUUCUGGUCUUGGCAUUGCGACGCUCAAACUUCCGUAGUACCCCAGAAAGCAGCACGUGCAUGGUGCUUCGGAGACCCUUUACUGCAACAGGGGAGAUGCAAUUCCGCCUGGCCAAUGGCGAACGGGUUGCCAUCCCCAUGCCGCAGCAUCUGAAGGAGGGAAGGAACUCAGGGCACACCUUCGCAUUUCACUGGGACAGCAACUUCCUGGAGUUCGCUGUGGACGGUCAUGACAUCGCGACCAUCCUUCUGACUGCGGAGCAGAGCAUCGAGCCUUGGGUAAGAAGUGCCGCAGUCUGCAUUACACCUUCCAGUGCUCAGAUAGAAAGCUUUCAAGUCGAAGCUCUCCCAUUCAAGUACAUGACGUCGUUCGGAUAUCCGGGAUGUGCGUACUGUGCCUGUGAAAGCCUGGCCUGCUGCAGUGAGUGCGAAUAUUGGUUCUGUCAGAACCAUGGAAUCGCGAACGCAGAUCUCUGUCUGGCAUGUGCUCCCGAAUACUAUCUCGAAGACCGUCUCGGUGGGACUUCGGUGCAGGUGACCUCGGCCGUCCGCUUGCAGAUCGAGAAACGCCGUCUACAGGCACUGCGCAAACAGUAUCUGUGUUUCCAAGGAGAUGAGCUCAGAUUCGAACAACUCUGCCAUCGUCUGGUCGAUGUCGAAGACAGGCUCUCAAUGAUCUUCUCCAAUGAGCAACAGGCCAUGGAAGCUCAGGAGGCUGUAUCAGAUGUCCAUUUGAUGCAGCGAGUCCAGGAAGCGCGUGGCCAGCUGGGUGACAGUGUUUUCUUCUCAGUGGCAACACACAUGGACCGGCCGACCGGCACCGGCUCCUUGCUUGACUUCGGGCUGGACACUUUCCUGCCGAUAAGUCUAAGGCAGUGGACUGGUCCCCGCUCUAUUUGCGCAGCAAGUCCGUCUUCUUUCAAUGUGGAACGUCUUGAAGGACUGGAAAUUCUGGAUAUUUUGGCCAUUGUGCACACGCACCCGCGGGACACGCAUUUGGAGUUUCGCGAGGCGGAUCACACAUACACCUGGCGGGGCCGGAAGGUUUCUAUGUCUGUGACGGGUCUUAUUCACAAGCUUGCCCGGAGCUUCAACGCUGUGGAAGCCGUGCGAGCCAUGCGCGGCGGUCGCAAUUGGCCACGUGCCGACUAUCUGUCUACGAACGCUGUCUCGGAACUUCGACGAGCCUUGCGAGCGGAGGGACCCGCGGACGCGGUGCUGUCUCAUCUAGUGGAAUCCUCCGACGUGGAUGUCGAAGCCAUCUGCUGCCGACUUCGGAACCUCGUGUGGACACAUCCUGGGUAUCGUCAUCUAGCGGAGAUCGUUACUUUGACAGACACGCAGAUUCUGGGCAUGUGGGACAACAAUCGCAGGAAGGCCGCGUCGCAGGGAACCUGGACACAUGCUCUUUGCGAGUGCUUGCUGAAUGGCGGCAGUGUACCCUUGCAGUCAACAGAGAUGUGCACUUUUCUGAAGUUUCUGCGUGCCUUCACCUCAGAGGGAUGGACCAUUUAUCGAACGGAGUGGACCAUCUACGCGGAGGCUGAGGAUCUGGCCGGCUCCAUCGACGCUGUGGCGAAGCGUGGCUCGGAGAUCUGUCUUCUGGACUGGAAGCGGACGAAGCAGCUGGCGUCCAAGGAUUGCAGCUUUGGUCGCAAACUGCACUUUCCACUCGAGGACACAGAGGACUCCGUGGUCUGGCACUACCGCAUUCAGCUCAACAUCUACGCUUGGAUCCUUCGACAAUACUACGAUGUAGCUGCAACGGACCUGCGAAUUGUGUGUCUUCACCCAGACAACGGGUUUGAGUCCUUGGUCAUUCCCGUACCCAUCCUCUCGGAUCGGGUUGACAGACUCAUGUCUUGGCGGCGAGAUGAUCUGAGGUCUUGUGUGCGGCUGACUUCCUCGACUCGGGAAGAUCUUCGCGGCGGCAGCCAGCCUCCAGACUCCCAAAACCCGUCAUUGUCACAAAUGAUGGAACAGGAGAUGGACACUUAUGCAGAUCUACCUGCGCCCGCAGAGGCAGACGGCGUGGCCGAGCCAGGUCCAGAGCGACAGAAAACAGCGGACGGCGCCGAUGUCAGAGCUCUGGACGCCGGUGGGGCUAGGCUCAUGGAAGCCGAAGAGCCCGCUGGGACGGACGCUUUGGAGAGCACCUUCAGUCAGAUCAUGCAGACGGAUUUUGAUAUCCCCUCCGUUCCUGCUGAGUCAGCGGCGUCUGACGUUCCGGCUACCGAAGGCUGCAUUCUUCGUGAAGUGGCACGCAACAACAUGUACGUCUACCUGCCACGCAGAAUGCUGGAUCCCGUUGCAGAGGAUGUCAGGAAACGAGUCGAGCUCUUCUGGAAGACCACAUACUGGGCCAACGCGGAAGCAGUCCAGGUCUUCAUGGCUUCCUUCGUACUAGCUCCGCGUGGCGAAAAUGUAGACCGUGCAUUCUGGGGCAUCGGUUCCGGCGGAGUCGGACAGAGCCUACAGACGGCACAUUUGGAGGCGAUCCUCGGAGAGUACCACGCUUGCCUGGACAUGAACAUCUACUUUGUGGACGAGGCCAGUGAGUGA